UAAGAAAAUAAAACUUGCUAAAAGGGUUAAAUUUCCCUCUAGGGUUAGGGUUAGGGUUUCUCUAAGCAGGGAAAACAAUCUUGAAUUGAAUCAUCCAAAAAUGUCAAAGAAGAACAGCUUAGCUCGUAGAAAAAGACAGCAUGAUUUCGAGCUUCAAAGAGAGAAGGAACAGAAACAACUGAAGGAAAAGAAACUCCAAGCAAAGCAUAAUAAGAUGAAGGUUGAUAACAAAAUAAAGAAGAAGGGUGGGAGUGGGUUUGCAAUGAAGAAGAAAAAGGUGAAGACCAAGUUGACUGCUUUGGCAAAAGCUAAAGCAGCACAGGCUAUGGAGGUUGAUAAAUGACGAGUGAGGUCUAAAUUUUGAUGUGUUUAAUUCUGUUUUUCUUGUUAAUAUAUGGAUGAUUGAGUUAACUUGACCGAUGCUAAAAUUAGCAGCUUUUUUUGUAAGUUGGAGUUUAGAUUGAGAAGUUCGAAUUUAGAAUCUUCGAAAGAUUGUCACAUGAUAAUUCUUGUGCGUUCCAUGGUAUUUGACGAUGUAGUGUUCUUAUAGUUAAUCCACAUAAGUUAAAAGA